UCUCGUUAUCAUCAUCGUCUUUGUACAAGCCGACGAGCAUGAGUUCUGUAACGCCCCAAGUCCAACCGCGAGUCCUUCCCGCAGGCUUCGACGAGCGGACCUUUAAUGCCACACUCAAUGCGAUGGUGGAGGUUGUCGGGAAAGAAAACGUCUCGAUCGACGGGCGGGACGGCGCUCUAGAAGGCGCCCAGGGCCAGAAGUUCUACGGAGACAUAUGGCCUAUGGCCGAAGAAGACCAACACGCCCCCAGUGCGGCCAUUCGACCCCAAACAGUCCCGGAGCUGCAGAAGAUCCUCAAGAUAGCGAAUCGGUACAAGCUGCCUCUGUGGACAAUCUCCAGAGGCAAAAACCUAGCGUAUGGAGGCUCUGCGCCAAUUGUGCGUGGCACCGUUGUGCUUGAUCUUCACCGUAUGAAUAAGAUCGUAGAAGUCAACGAGGAAUAUGCAUACGCCAUCGUUGAGCCGGGCGUCUCCUUCUUCGACCUAUACAACCACAUCGUCGAGAAAGGUUACGACGUCUGGCCUUCGGUACCAGCACUUGGGUGGGGUUCCGUCCUGGGCAAUACCACUGAGCGUGGGUUUGGUUAUACGCCCUACGGCGAACAUGCCCUGCAUCAGUGCGGCAUGGAAGUCGUUCUACCAAACGGUGAACUCCUGCGGACCGGAAUGGGAGCGCAGAAAGAUAGUCCGAUGUUUCCUUUGUACAAGGGUGGCUACGGGCCGAGUGUCGACGGACUCUUCUAUCAGUCCAAUCUUGGCAUCGUUACCAAGAUUGGAAUCCAUCUUAUGCCAGCUCCAACACACUUUUUGGACUGCAGCGUCAGCGUACCAAACGAAGGCGACCUCGAAGUCCUCGUCUCCAAGAUCGCUCGUCUAGAGCGCGACAAUGUAAUCCAGAACCAUACCUCGGUUGCAAAUCUGUGGCGACAAGCCAUGAUGCACCCCGACCCGAAAAUCCACGAAGUGGCCAUCGGCCCUGGAAUGAAGAAGGGUGAAUCCGCUGACAAUACCGCCCUCGCCGCGCUCCAGAAGGAGCAAGGCUGGGGAUUCUGGAAAGGUUACUUUGCCAUCUACGCGCAGUCUGGUACGCUUGCGCACGCGAAUUGGGACUUGGUGCAAAAGGCCUUUGCUGGUGUCUCAGGCGCCGUCUGCACAUGCUCAGAGUACUCUGGAAAGGACGGCGCAAAGUUGCGCAUGACAGAUACACCCGAGGGAGAAAUUCCCCACAACGGCAUGCCACGCAUGACGCCAAUCGGCAUGGUCAACGUCCGUGGCUACGGCGGCGGACACGUGGAUUUUUCACCGUUAUUUCCCGCCGGUGGGAAAGAGUUGAGCGCGUGGUAUAUCAAAGCGAGGGAUUCCAUCAAGGAGGCCAAACUAGACUUUUUUUCCGAUUUCCACGUCAUGGGCCGAUACAUCAACGGAAUCAUCUGUAUCGUGUAUGGACCAACAGAGGGACCUAGGGCGAAAGAGGUCUUCGAGAAGCUCCUGAAGGAUGCGAGGGACAACGGCAACACGACCGAGUACCGGACACACAUCGACUUCAUGGAUCAUGUCGCUGACGCCUUUACCUUCGAGGAUUCGGCCUUGAGGCGCUUCGUGACCGAUUUGAAACACCAUAUGGACCCAAAUGGGAUCUUAUCGCAAGGGAAGUCCGGUAUUUGGUCAAAGCGGAAGCUGACAAGCGUGUUGUGA